GUUGCUCUCUCUCUCCCCUAGCAAGUAAAUCGUCUCCUUGUUUCUCAUCCCUCUGUCCUUCGCUUCCACAUAGCAUCAAGAUGGCAGCUCUACAACCCUCCGCAGAUGCGUCCGCUGCUACCUCCCAAACAGAUUUCUCGAAGCCUCCUCAACCUGUUGUCGAGUCAGACAAUGAGAAGAAGCAAGAGCAAGAGGUCAGCCUGUCUCGACAAAUCUCUGGAUCUGACAACUCGGUGACUGUCGAGAAAGAUGACGCCCUGGGUCGUGAGAUGUCACGCAUCGACACAUCCGAUUACCCUUCUGCCUUCCCCUUGGCCAUGAUCGUCGUGGCUUUGGCCUGCAGUAUUUUCCUGGUGGCCUUGGACAUGACCAUUGUCGCUACAGCUAUCCCGCGUAUCACCGAUCAGUUCCACAGUCUUGACCAGGUCGGCUGGUAUGGAUCUGCCUUCUUCUUGACCAUCGGCUCGUUCCAAGCGACGUGGGGAAAGCUCUACAAAUACUUCCCUUUGAAGAUUUCAUACCUGGCCAGCAUCUUCAUCUUUGAGAUCGGCUCUCUCAUCUGCGCCGUGGCCAACAACUCCACCACGUUGAUCGUGGGGAGAGCCAUCGCUGGUAUGGGAGGAGCGGGUAUCGCUUCAGGCUCCUACACCAUCAUCGCCUUUUCAGCUCGCCCUAAACACCGACCGGCCUUUACUGGUCUGAUGGGAGCCACCUUUGGUGUCGCCUCGGUCAUUGGCCCUCUCCUGGGCGGCGUCUUCACUGACAACCUCACAUGGCGUUGGUGUUUCUACAUCAAUCUACCUAUCGGAGGCGCGGCCGCAGCCAUCAUCUUCCUGUUUUUCCGAACACCCAAAGCCGCACGUCCACAAAGCGCGACACUGAGGGAGAAGCUCCUCCAGAUGGACUUUCCCGGCACAUUCACCAUCAUGGCGGCCAUCAUCUGUUAUCUGCUCGCCAUGCAAUGGGGUGGCACCACCAAGGCCUGGUCCAACGGGUCCGUCGUCGCUACUCUCGUCCUAUUCGGCGUCCUGGUUCUUGCCUUCCUUGCCAUCGAAUACUUCCAGGGUGAUCGAGCACUCCUCCAGGGUCGUCUGAUCAAGGACCGAACCAUCGGCGCCAUGUGCGCAUUCAUCUUCUUCACCGCCGGCUGUUUCUUCAUUCUCUUGUACUACCUGCCCAUCUACUUCCAAGCGACUCGCAACGUGUCUGCCGCCAAGUCUGGGAUCGACAACCUCCCUCUCGUCCUGGGCGCCUCUCUCUUCACAAUCGUCUCCGGUGGUCUCUUGACGGUCUGGGGCCACUACAUCCCCCUCAUGGCCCUGGGUUCCAUCCUGGCCUCUGUCGGCUCCGGCAUGAUCUACACCCUCGAGAUCGACUCCGGCAGCGACAAGUGGAUCGGCUACCAAGCCCUCGUCGGCAUCGGUUUGGGUCUGAUCUUCCAGAUUCCCGUCAUCGUCGGGCAGGCCGUCGUCACCCCGUCAGAUUUGAGCUCGGUGUCCGCCAUCAUCUUGUUCUUCCAGACCAUCGGCGGUGCCAUUUUCAUCUCGGCCGGCCAAUCCGGCUUCACCAACAAGAUGCUCAAGGAGAUCCCCAAGAGGGCUCCAGGGAUCAACCCGGGCCUCGUCAUCGCGACCGGGGCCACCGACUUGAGAAAGGUGUUCAACGCGGAACAACUCUCCGGGAUCCUGUCGGCCUACAUGGAAGGCCUGCGUGUACCGUUCGCCAUCGCCAUUGCGUGUGCCUGUGUCACGUUCGUGCUGGCCUUCACCCCCAAGUGGGAGAGUAUCAAGGGUAAGGUCAAGUUGGACGCAGGUGCCUAGAGGCCUUUUUCUUCUUUUUUUUGGUUGUGAGAGAAAGUGUAUGGAUAUGUACGUGUGUGUGGACGUGCCUUGUGUGUGUGUCGCCGUCAAUCACCAUCAAGUUGUUGUAACGAAACGAAAUUUCUUUUAUUACGAUGGUUGACCUUUUUGUUUUUUCUUACGAGUAUACAAACCAUCUGGUUCGGUUUUGUCGUCGUCAUUUUCCAACAUCCAAAGGUGUUGCAGCGUACGGGGGACGGGGGUGUUUCUCUCAACGGGACCUGGGGAUCCAGGAAUUCAGUAAUCAUGGGAAAAUAUAGAAAUCCAAACAAGUCGGGUUUCAGAUUCAGAUCCCCUCUCAUCAUCUUAUCAGGUCACCAGCUAUUUUGUUUCUUAAUAUGACGAGCCGAGCUAGGUGUUGGUGUGCCGUGG